AAGCACGUGAUUCUACGCCGUACCCCAUAUUUGGGUGCCUACGUAAGAGAGAAUCAAGUCCAUGUCCCACUCAUUUCCAUAAUUCAUCAUAAAUUGUGCAAGGGUGCUAUAGGACGCGCUAAACCAUAAGAGCCACAAAUCAAGAACACAGGUUUAUGCUAUUUUACCUCUUAAAAUAAACAAACAACAACAACAAAAGCUACAACAGGCAAACGGUGGAACUGUCAACAAAUGAGCUCCUAUUUUGUGAACUCAUUCUGCGGUCGCUAUCCCAAUGGCGCGGACUUCCAGUUACAUAAUUAUGGAGACCAUAGUACGGCAAACGAAGAAUACAGAGACUCCACAGCCAUGCAUUCCAGCAGGUACGGCUAUGGCUACAACGGGAUGGACCUAACAGUCGGUCGGACCGGCACCGGACACUUUGUGGGCAGCGAGCGGACACCGGGCUACUCCCCGAGUCACUCAGCGGCGACGACACCCUCUGUGGAGCCUGUCAGGUACAACCAGUCUGCCAGCAGCACCGGGAACUCGUCUCUAUCGCCUCCACCUGACCCUCUACCGUGCUCCUCGGUCGCCAGCUCGUCCCCAGUGCCCGAGACGCAAUCUCAACACAGAGCCGUGAAGAACUCCAUUACGACCCCGUGCUCAACCCCGUGCUCGAGCUCGAACGGAGGCACGCUACUGCUCAGUCGGGACUGUGUGUCCAAAGCUUCCCCCCUCGAGGAAGAGAAGCCUGCGGGAAGCGCACCGACAACUCCACAAAAUGUCAGCGACUCAGCACAGCCUCAGAUAUAUCCCUGGAUGAGAAAACUCCACAUAAGUCAUGAUUUGUCUGGACCGGAGGGGAAGAGAGCCAGAACUGCAUACACUCGGUACCAGACCCUGGAGCUGGAGAAGGAGUUCCACUUCAACCGGUACCUGACCCGCAGGCGGAGGAUCGAGAUCGCCCAUGCCCUGUGCCUCUCCGAGAGACAGAUCAAAAUCUGGUUUCAGAACCGCAGGAUGAAGUGGAAGAAGGACAACAAGCUGAAAAGCAUGAGCAUGGCGGCUGCAGGCGGAGGAGCCUACAGGCCUUGAUAUCCAGCUGAUAACGAGCACUACAAAAAUAAAGAUUGUCAUAUCAACUUCUCAUCCUAUUCCAAAUGAUCUUUAAAAAAAAGAAGCGCAGAGACUUGUUAACGGGCUGUGAACGGGACAGAGGAGCCCACCUGUCAGCCUUCUGUUUGUCCGACAGCAGCCCCAUUAUAUUCCCUAUUAUUUCCUUUCUUAUUCCCACCGUCGUAAUGCUUAUGUGCGUAAAUAAAAAAUGCAUUCUGUACAGUUCUGUCUAGAUUUAGAGGAAAAAGAAACAAAUGGAAAUAAAUGUUUGUUUAAAUUAUUUCUUGUUCAGACGAAAAAAUGCUAAUGAUAAAACGUCAAAAGCUUGAAAAUGCUACCUGCAUACCGCAAAUAAAUCCAGUUAAAAAUCUGUGUGAUGGACUCCCAGCUUCAUAGAGGGUUGAGGUUGAUUUGUGUUUAGCCUUCGUUUUCUAUAUGUAUGUACUGUAUAUGUAUGUAUUUAUUUGUUUGAUGUAUUGUACCAACUUGUCAGAUAACUUGCUUCCAAAAGUAGAGCCAGCAGAGUGCGUAUCCGCUUUGUGUGGUUAUUGUAUGCGUUGUGAACACGUAUGGACAGAGGUGCCGACUUCACCGCUGUAUGUACAGUAGCUGUGCCUUGUAUCUUUGUUUUUCUUUUCUUUUUGUUUGUUUGUAGGAGCUGCUGUUUGCGUUGUUCACCUGAGCGCAACAUGUUAGUUUAAACAAAAAAAAAGAGACGUGUUUUUUGUCCCAUGUUUUCUCUAGCUGUUUUUAAUGUGGAGGCUCCCACAGUCAAAUUUCAUCGCCUAUGUGUAUAACUCCAUCGUGAUAAGCUUUUUGUAAAUGUUUUUCAAAGACUGGAAGUUAAAAUAUACUAUAAUAAUAAUAAUAAUGCUGAUCAUGAUGACGAUGAUGGCCGUAAUAAUAAACUUUCUACUGGAA